AUGGCUUCUACUUCAUCAGUUCAAAAGAGGUUCAAGUACGAUGUCUUCUUGAGUUUCCGGGGUGAAGACACCCGCAAAACCUUUGUUGAUCAUCUCUAUGUUGCUCUCGCGAAUAAAGGCAUUAUUACUUACAAAGAUGAUGAAACAAUCGACAAAGGUGAAAGGAUCAAGGAGCAGCUAAUCAGAUCCAUACAAGACUCGAGAUUUUACAUCAUUGUAUUCUCAAAGAACUAUGCAUCUUCAUCGUGGUGCUUAGACGAGCUCGUGGAAAUUAUGAAGUGCCAGAAGACAGCCGAGCAUACUGCUUACCCCAUCUUCUAUGAAGGUAAAAGCUUUGUUGCAAAUGUGAGAGAAGUUUCAAAAGGCUCUUUGUCUGGUUUGGAAGAACUGCAAAAAAAGGUCCUUUCAGGAUGUACUAAAUGA